AUGGGCGCUGCUCAUGUCAUUAGACCCAAGACUCCUGGACCAAUGGAGCAGGGGAAGAGACUCGCAAAAAGUUCUAUCCAUAUACCGUCUAUGGAAUCUAUUCGCGAUUCGCCGGAUUUCCGUGUUUACAAGUAUUCUUGUCAUACCUGUAAUUUCCAUUUCCCAACAGAGAUACGCUUUGAAAAACACAUCCUUGAAAGCGAUGCUCAUAAGUCUUUCAAACUUACCUCUGAAACUGCCGAUGGCCUCGGUUAUCUUUCUAUCUCGGAUACCGAGAUUCGAUCGGAUAUUCACCAAAGAUAUUCUAGUCAUCAGCCCCGAGCCACCGAACUCUAUCAAUGUAUAAAGUCCGAUUGCACAUGCCCACAGUUCGAAUUUUUCAACCCAAUGCAAUGUCUACUCGCCUCUACUAUAGGUGAACUUUCUGAAUAUCUUCUUCUCGAUGGUUCUGCCGGCAGUUCGCUGAAGGCGGAAGCGACAGAAGACGGUCGAGAAGAAGAAAAUUUCAGAAUCGUGUUUCCCGCUGCAAAACGGCCCCGUCCUCCUAGUGAAGAAGACGAGGGGCCUUCCGGCCUUCCUUCCGACCCUGGUAACGAAGAGAGGGUAGCUGCAGACCGAGAGCGGAGAGAUGAGGCCGCUGCUACUGCUGAGGCUGAGAGACGCCUUAAAAUACAGGAUAAGAUCGAUCAAAAGAAACGUUUUAACAAAGGGAAGGCCCGCAAAACUAUUCGGAUCAUGAGGGAGGCGGCCAAUCGUGCGAAGUUCGAGGAGAUUUUGGCGAAAAAGGUCCCCGACCAAAUCAAAGAAGAAGAAGAAGUCAAAGAGGACAUCAAAGUAAAACCCACCAAACCAACUCCUUUAGAAAUAGCACAGGUUGCGAGUGAUUAUAAGGUUGAAGAGAAAAAGCGCUUGAACGAACUAGCUAAGCAAAUCCAUACCCUCAUCAAAAACAUCUUACUCGAGAUUGCCCUGCAGCAAAAAAAUGUACAGCGCGAAAAGGAAGACAUCCGGUAUAAGAAUGCUCUAUUUUUCGAGGAUGAAUACGAAAAUGUCGCCAUCGACCACGAGUUCAGUGUUGAGGACAGGGCCCUAGAGCACCUCCGGAGGAUCAGGGGGAAAGAGUCAGUAAGGUUCCGAAACAUCAAAAAAAUGGAUGAUAAAGUGGAUGAUCUGGCUUUGGACCAUGUUCAGGAGAUUGGAGAAAGGGGACAAGAAAGAUACCGGCAGACGGUAGGAAAGAGACAGACAAAGCUUUUGAAUUGUCUGAAGAUUGAUGACAUUGUCGAUGAUGUCGCUUUGGACCACAACCAAGAGAUCGGUGAAAGGAAAGAGGAGAACCAUAGGAGAGCCAUGGGAAGAUCUCAAAUGAAAAAAAUAGCUGAAUUUCACAUGGACGAUACAGUCGACAGCAUUGCACUGGAUCACGGCCAGGAACUGGGAGAAAGAGGAGAGGAACAGUAUCGGAAGACCAUUGGUAGAAUACAAACCAAGAAGAUCAAUGAUCUACAGAUGGAUGAUACAGUUGAUAAUCUGGCACUGGACCACGGCCAAGAACUGGGAGAAAGAGGAGAGGAACAGUAUCGAAGGAACACUGGUAGAAUGCAGAUUAAGAAAAUCAAUAACCUACGGAUGGAUGAUAUAGUUGAUAAUAUUGCACUGGAUCACGGCCAAGAACUGGGAGAAAGGGGAGAGGAGCAGUACCGAAGGACCACUGGUAGAACGCAGACUAAGAAAAUCAAUAAUCUACAGAUGGAUGAUACAGUUGAUAAUUUGGCAUUGGAUCACGGCCAGGAACUGGGGGAAAGAGGAGAAGAACAGUAUCGGAGGACCACUGGUAGAAUACAGACUAAGAAAAUCAAUGAUCUACAGAUGGAUGAUACGGUCGACAAUAUUGCACUGGAUCACGGCCAAGAACUGGGAGAAAGGGAAGGAGAACAGUAUCGGAGGACCACUGGUAGAAUACAGACUAAGAAAAUCAAUGAUCUACAGAUGGAUGAUACGGUCGACAAUAUUGCACUGGAUCACGGCCAAGAACUGGGAGAAAGGGAAGGAGAACAGUAUCGGAGGACCACUGGUAGAAUACAGACUAAGAAAAUCAAUGAUCUACAGAUGGAUGAUACGGUCGACAAUAUUGCACUGGAUCACGGCCAAGAACUGGGAGAAAGGGAAGGAGAACAGUAUCGGAGGACCACUGGUAGAAUACAGACUAAGAAAAUCAAUGAUCUACAGAUGGAUGAUACGGUCGACAAUAUUGCACUGGAUCACGGCCAAGAACUGGGAGAAAGGGAAGGAGAACAGUAUCGGAGGACCACUGGUAGAAUACAGACUAAGAAAAUCAAUGAUCUACAGAUGGAUGAUACAGUUGACAAUAUUGCACUGGAUCACGGCCAGGAAUUAGGAAAUAUGGUCGAGGAGCAACGUCGAAGGACCAUUGGUAAAGCCCAAACGAAAAAUCUCUCUGACCUUCCAGCUCGAAUAGACGACAUAGUUGACAGCAUGGCAAUGGACCAUGACCAGGAAUUAGGGGAAAGGGGAGAGGAGAUAUCUCGGAGAACCAUUGGCAAAACUCAAACCAGGAGAAUCAAUAAUCUCUGGGGGGAUGACAUGGUUGACGAAAUGGCACUCGAUCACAAUCAAGAAAUAGGAGAAAUGGUUGAGGAGCAAGGUCGAAGGGCUAUUGGCAAAGUCCAAACCAAAAAUCUGUCGGAUCUGCCUGCCCGAAUGAUUGAGAUUGUCGACAACCUGGCAAUGGACCAUGACCAAGAGCUGGAAGAAAGAGGGGAAGAGCGGCGUCGGAGGUCCGCUGGCAUGGCUCUAUUCAAGAAGAUGGCCGAUGUUGCGGCAGACGACAUGGUUGAUCAUAUGGUGAUAGAUCAUGACCAGGAGCUGGGAGAAAGGGUAGAAGAGCGGCGUCGGGUUCUCCAGGGCAGAGCUCAGAACAAGGAGAUGACUGACGUUCUAGUAAAUGAUACGGUUGACCAUAUGGCGAUAGAUCAUGACCAAGAGCUGGGGGAAAGGGUAGAAGAGAGACGUCGGAUUCUCAACGGCAGGGCUCAGAACAAGGAGCUGACUGAAGUUCUGGUAAAUGACACAGUCGAUCACAUCGUGCUUGAUCAUGACCAAGAGCUAGGAGAAAGGGGAGAAGAGCAGCGUCGAAAGGCCACGGGAAACGCUCAGAACAACAAAAUACAAGACUUGAAGAGAGACGAUGUCGUUGCUGAUGUUGCACUAACUCACGAUCAAGAAAUCGCCGAAACAUCUCAAGAGCACGGACGAAAAGCAGAUGGCCAAAGAAGCAACAAGAGGCUAAAGGGGAUGGAGGGGCAUGAGGAGAGCGCUAUAGUCGACAUCGCAAUGGACCACUUUCAAGAGGUCGGCGAGAAGACAACCCAGAACCAAAGGAAAACCCUCGGUAUGCAGCAAAGCACCCAACUCAGCGCCUCCCGAAACAACGAUGUGGUAGAAGACCUCGCCGUGGACUACAACCACGGUCUUGGCGAGAGGGACCAGCAGCACUUGAGAAAGGCCAUUGGCAGGCAGCAAACCAGAACAUUGGGGGCAGCGGGCUUCCUGGCGAAGUACACGUCUUUUAGCCAAAGCAUGGCCACCAACACCUCCCCUGCCGCCGAUAGGGCGGUAACUCCGUCUGGGAACGUUGGAGAAAACGGUAAUGGUGGUGUGAGGGGCCAGAGAGAGCCGGCUGACGGUCAUAGUGAUGGUGAGAGCACUGUUGUCGCCACUACUCGGUUGACGAUUCAGCAGAAGCGUGCGGCGGCGCAGGCAAGGUAUGAUGCAAUCGUGAACGAGAUGGUGGGGUCUCUGGCGCUGUGA